AUGGUCCGGAUUAGCCUCUCUACCGAAAUCAGCGGCGCGGAAUUCAUCGGGCGCAACAAAACGCUGUUUUCAAAUACACUGUUUGGAAAGACGCUGGCUGGUUCGAUUCGGCGGUGCGUGCGUCCGAUGGGCGCACUUGUCCAGACGCAAGACACGCUUUUGCAGUCUGCCUUGUAA